AUGUCAAAGGACGCCCUGAAUCUGGCGCAGAUGCAGGAUCAGACACUGCAGCCGGAGCAACAGUCUAAGCUCAAACAACUUGUCAAUGAGGAGAAUUUACGGAAGCAGGAGGAGUCCAUGCGGAAGCACCAUCAGACCUUCUUGGAGUCCAUCAGGACAGCUGGCACCUUGUUUGGGGAAGGAUUCCAUGCCUUUGUGACCGACCGGGACAAAGUGACAGCCACAGUGGCAGGGCUGACGCUGCUGGCUGUUGGGGUCUACUCAGCCAAGAAGGCCACGCUUGUCGCUGGCCGCUUCAUCAAGGCUCGGCUGGGGAAGCCGCCCCUGGUGAGGGAGACGUCCCGCAUCACGGUGCUGGAGGCGCUGCGGCACCCCAUCCAGGUAGUCAGCCGGCGGCUCCUCAGUCGGCCCCAGGACGCGCAGGAGGGUGUUGUGCUCAGUCCCAGCCUGGAAGCGCGGGUGCGCGACAUUGCCAUAACAACAAGGAAUAUCAAGAAUAACCGGGGCCUGUACAGGAAUGUCCUGACGUACGGCCCACCAGGCACCGGGAAGAUGCUAAUCCCCAAGAAACUCGCCCUGCACUCAGGCAUGGACUACGCCAUCAUGACAGGCGGGGACGUGGCCCCCAUGGGGCGGGAAGGCGUGACCGCCAUGCACAAGCUCUUUGACUGGGCCAGUACCAGCCGGCGCGGCCUCCUGCUCUUCAUGGAUGAAGCGGACGCCUUCCUUCGGAAGCGAGCCUCCGAGGAGAUAAGCAACGACCUCAGAGCCACACUGAAUGCCUUCCUGUACCACAUGGGCCAGCACAGCAACAAAUUCAUGCUGGUCCUGGCCAGCAAUCUGCCUGAGCAGUUCGACUGCGCCAUCAACAGCCGCAUUGACGUGAUGGUCCACUUCGACCUGCCGCAGCAGGAGGAGCGGGAGCGCCUGGUGAGAAUGUAUUUUGACAACUAUGUUCUUAAGCCGGCCACAGAAGGAAAACGGCGCCUGAAGCUGGCCCAGUUUGACUACGGGAGGAAGUGCUCGGAGAUCGCUCGGCUGACAGAGGGCAUGUCAGGCCAAGAGAUCGCACAGCUGGCUCUGUCCUGGCAGGCCAUGGCCUAUGCCUCCAAGGACGGGGUCCUCACUGAGGCCAUGAUGGACGCCGACGUGCAAGAUGCUGUCCAGCAGUACCGACAGAAGAUGCGCUGGCUGAAGACUGAGGGGCCUGGGAGCGGGGUUGAGCGCCCGCUAUCCCGAGUCCAAGGCGAGACCCGCACCUCAUGGAGCCUGGCAGCGGACCCCUCCUACCCCUGCCUUGUCGGCCCCCAUACAUUUAGGAUAUGCUCCCGGGUGGGGAUGGGCUGUGCCCAGGGCCUCUGUGCACCAGGAUGUCUUGUGGUGGGGGUCAGCCAUUCUGCCCCCCCCAGAACACCCCCUGUUGUAGGCACUGGCUAGGGAGGAGCAGGCCUCCUUCCUGCCCCUCAAGACACUCUUUGGAGAUGCAUUUUCCCUCUGGCUCCGAGGGGGAGGGUGAGGCUUUGCACCCCAGCCGCUUUCCAGGCCACUGGGAGGGUGGGUGCUGGCUGAGCCCCUGGGGCAGAAGGAGUGGGGCACGCCAGGUCUUUGUUCUCAGCUCCCACAGCAGAGACAGGUGAGGGGGUCCCUGCCGGGACUAGACAGAGGUGGGGCGGCCUGAACACUGAUUCCAGCCGUGGCCAGGAGGCAGGGAACCUGGCGGGGGUGUCUGAGGCCACACUGUCAGCUGGCCAGUCCAAGCCUGUGGCUGGAGCUGGUGUCUUUAUCUAAUAAAGUCCCACAGGUGCCUCA